GAGGGGAUUGGAGCACCUGAAUCACAUGAUAUGGAGGGGAUUGGAACACCUGAAUCACAUGAUAUGGAGGGGAUUGGAACCCCUGAAUCACAUGAUAUGGAGGGCAUUGGAGCACCUGAAUCACAUGAUAUGGAGGGCAUUGGAACACCUGAAUCACAUGAUAUGGAGGGGAUUGGAACACCUGAAUCACAUGAUAUGGAGGGGAUUGGAACACCUGAAUCACAUGAUUGGGAGGGGAUUGGAACACCUGAAUCACAUGAUAUGGAGGGCAUUGGAGCACCUGAAUCACAUGAUAUGGAGGGCAUUGGAACACCUGAAUCACAUGAUAUGGAGGGGAUUGGAACACCUGAAUCACAUGAUAUGGAGGGGAUUGGAACACCUGAAUCACAUGAUAUGGAGGGGAUUGGAACACCUGAAUCACAUGAUAUGGAGGGGAUUGGAACACCUGAAUCACGUGAUAUGGAGGGCAUUGGAGCACCUGAAUCACAUGAUAUGGAGGGCAUUGGAGCACCUGAAUCACAUGAUAUGGAGGGGAUUGGAACACCUGAAUCACAUGAUUGGGAGG